AUGACGUCAUCAGACUCCCGUCGUCUCUCGUCUGACCCGAGGGGCAAUUUUCUAUUGGAGUAAAUGGUCGUGGUCAGACUCCACCAUUAAAAAUCAAAAUGUGUUUACAGGCAACCUGACGAAGCUGGGCUCCGCCGUUCGGCCCGAACCAGAAUCGAACCACUUCGUCCAUGGCUCGGCGAAUAUGCCGUAUACGCUAAUUCCCCAUUGGGGGUAAGAAAUUAGUUGGGACCACGGAAGCUGCCGAACCACAUCGCGAAGUUGUGAAGAGCAAGUCGGUGGAUUCAGCAAUUAUUCUAAAGAAGCAAUACAAAGAAAGAGGUCAGUUUCAUUUUUAGUGCAUUCAUUAACAGUGUGUUUGCGGAUUUUUCCAAGGCAUAUUUUCAAGGAAUAAGUGUCGUCUCCGAAACACAAACAGAAAAAUGUAUUUUCCAGAUGUCGAGUAUAUGCAAUUCACCACCAGGAAGACAUUUCAAGCCCGAUUCAACUCUUGAAUUGUCAUUAGUAAAUAUUCAACCUUUGGUAGAUGGGGAGACCGAAACUUCUGAGGAACUUGAAGAUCCAAGAAAAAGUUUUUAUGAAUCGCUCAUCAUGCCCAAUAAAUCAAUUCAAGCUAUUGUCGAAGGAAAAGCAAACGAUGUAAAAAUGAUUGAAAAAUUGAUUGCAUCCAACUCGAAGUUGCCGGAAAAAGUAAGUUGACUCUUGACUAAUUUGAUAAUGAAUAACUGAACCAUUUUAAGCUGGCAAUAAUACGUGGGUUGAAAAGUGCUAAUUGA